AUGAUGCUUUCUCUGGAAUCGUGUUAUUCAUUAUUUCUAUUGGUGGCCCACCUGCAAUCAUGUUGUACCUGGUCAGUGAAUAAUUUUCUGAUGACUGGCCCAAAGGCCUAUCUGAUCUACUCCAGCAGCGUGGCUGCAGGUGCACAAAGCGGUAUUGAGGAGUGCAAAUAUCAGUUUGCUUGGGACCGCUGGAACUGUCCAGAGAGGGCGCUGCAGCUCUCCACACACAGCGGACUCAGAAGUGCAAACAGAGAGACAGCAUUUGUUCACGCUAUCAGCUCUGCUGGUGUCAUGUACACUCUGACCAGGAACUGUAGUUUAGGAGAUUUUGAUAACUGUGGCUGUGACGAAACUAGAAAUGGGCAACUUGGAGGGCAGGGCUGGCUUUGGGGUGGCUGCAGUGAUAACGUUGGCUUUGGUGAAGCCAUCUCUAAGCAAUUUGUUGACGCCUUGGAGACUGGACAAGAUGCAAGGGCAGCCAUGAACCUCCACAAUAAUGAAGCAGGCAGAAAGGCAGUGAAAGGCACCAUGAAAAGGACAUGUAAAUGCCAUGGGGUAUCCGGUAGCUGCACCACACAGACCUGCUGGCUGCAGCUGUCAGAAUUCAGAGAAGUUGGCAACUACCUGAAGGAGAAGUAUCACAGAGCCCUCAAAGUGGACCUCCUCAAGGGAGCAGGCAACAGUGCAGCCAGCCGAGGGGCCAUCGCAGAGACCUUCAGCACCAUCUCCAAGAAGGUGCUUGUUCACCUGGAGGACUCCCCCGACUACUGCCUGGAGAACAAGACGCUGGGCCUGCAGGGCACUGAGGGCCGUGAGUGUGUCAAGAAGGGCAAGAACCUGAGCAAGUGGGAGAAGCGGAGCUGCAAGAGGCUCUGUGGGGAGUGCGGGCUGGCUGUGGAGGAAAGGAAGGCAGACAUGGUUUCUAGCUGCAACUGCAAGUUCCACUGGUGCUGCGCGGUUAAGUGCGAGCAGUGCCGGAAAACCGUAACCAAGUACUUCUGCGUGAAGAAGGAGAGGAGGGGCACAAACGAAAGCACCGGCAGGCAGAAGAAACCC